GUAAAUUUCUGUCAUGGGGUGGACCGUUGGCCAUCGGCCUUGGCAGUGUGGGUAUGGUGUGCUUAGGUACACUGUUCCUGCCAAUGAGAUCUGUAGUGGCUGUAGGUCUGCAGGUUUUGGUUACACAUGGUGGGCUUCUUAUCUUUGGAGGAUUCAUGUUCCACAAAAAACACAAGAUCAUCAGCAAUACGGAACCUGAUCUUGAGUAUCAUCCCACACCGUAUAACCCCUUUUCAGAUGACCCCAUCUAUGCGUCUAUUAAGAUAUACAUGGAGGUAAACAACAUCCUUGUCAGAAUGUUGACCAUCAUGCAAAUUAUCAGCAUUCUGAUAUCACGGAUUUUUGAAAGUGACCCCUUUUAUAGAUGUUGGAAGUACUAUUGGUGAACGCUUCAAGGACCGUCCGUUAACCGCUCGUCAUCCGUGCGUUUUUGCCGUUCGAACGGUUUUCCGUUAGUGUCCGUUUUGCCUUUCAGGGUCAAGCAGAAACUUUUGAAUUACUUUUCCGUUUUUUAUUUCGUAAGCUGCUUUGCUGCAAUUAAAACAGCACCUAAGUUUCCUAUUUUUCGAGUCCUUCUUUUUAGUUUUGAAAUUCUUUCCGUCGUAGAAACAGAUGAAUAUCUAAAUAGUUUUCGUUUAACGUGAAAGAGACUUUUUCCGCUCCUUGGUGUCCUCAUUCAAAUAUUGUGAUUUGUGUUAGAAUAGCACCUCACACCAGUUAGUUGUUAAGCAAGCACCUUGCACAGUUUUGAUGAUUUCUAUUUUAGCUUUUACUUUAGCACGAUGUAUGUUAGAGCGCUCUACGAAUAAAUGUCCACUGUGGGAACAA